GCGUAGUAUCAGAAGAGAGGGACACGUGGGAGGAAGGAGGGUGCAUCCAUCUAUCGUCGUCGUCAAACUCUAACCCAAACCCUAUCUAGCUUCGCUUUUGCCCCUUCUCGUUCACUCUGCCCCAAUUCCAAAAUUCCCAACCCUAACCCUAAAACCGAAUCUUCUGAUGAAACUCGACACGCCAUACUCCACGGUUUCAGAAUCAGGUUCGAUUCCCUAACCCCUUAACAAACCCCUUUCAUCUCUUCGCAGUUUCUCCAUGGAGGGCUCUGCAGAGGAUCUCGGAGCCCCCGAGUCAUGGGAGGUCGCCGAUUUGGACGAGUCCAUGAACCGCUUGAACCUCAUGCUCUCUUCCAGCAAGGAUUCCAACCAUCCUCACCAACGUCUCUCCGAUGAUGACGUUCCGCCGCCGCCACCGGCUCCUCCGCUCCCUUCGUCCAGUGGCGACAAGGUUUCCGAUGACGUCGUCAAUCAGGUCGAUCAGUUCCUUCGCGAAGCCAUUCAGAACCCUCGCGAACGACUCUCAAUAUUGAGGAUGGAGCAAGAUGUUGAAAACUUUAUUCGUGAUCCAACUCAACAGCAGCUUGAAUUUAAGCAGCUUCCAACAUCCUAUUUGAGGCUUGCUGCGCAUCGGGUGGCUCAGCACUACUCAUUACAGUCAAUGGUGUUACUAGAUAAUAGUUUACCAGACGGUUCUGGCUCAAGAAUUAUUGUUCGCAAAACCUCUGAAUGUAGGCUUCCAGUUAUCCGCCUUGCUGACAUCCCAGUGAAAUUAUCAUCAGAAAACAGUGCUGUCAUGAAGGUUGCAAUCAAACAGAGGCCACAGAAGGGGACACAGAUACUUAGUAAUGCAAAUUCAAACUCAAUGAAGAAUAGUAACUCUAAAAGUGUGGAAGAGAGAAAAGAGGAAUAUAAUCGGGCUCGAGCAAGGAUAUUUAGUUCAAGCAAUAAUGGUGGAACUGUAGUUGGGAAGCCAGAGUGUGACUCAAGACAGCAGGAUAACUCAUUGCACGUUUCAUUGGGGGUUCCUCGGGUUGAAGACAAAUCAGCUUCGGUAUCUGAUGUCACUUCUGGUAGGGGGAUGGUUGAGUCUUCAAGUAAUACCAAUAGGGCUAGAAGUAGGACAGAGAAGGAAACAGUUGGUAGGUACAGGCAAAAUAAUAGGGUGGCUAUAUUUCGGGAUCGUGAGGUUGACCGCAAAGAUCCUGAUUAUGACAGGAGCUAUGAUAGCAGGUACACGCAAAGAUUUGAUCCUGGUUUUGGGUUCAAUGGAGGAUCAUAUGCUAUACAGCCAAUGUAUACGGCAGUAUUGAAUUACAACACUGAGUUUCCACAACUUGGAUCCACUCACAGACCCCAGCUUUCUGCUGAACACCAACCACGACCUCUUCCACAGCAUAUGCCUGGGCCAUGGGCUGCACAAUCAACACCUGCUGGAAUUGGAUAUGGACAUCCUGAGACCAUGAUGCCCCCAUUUAAUCCUAAUCAAGUUGGUGCACACUCAUCAUCAACCAUGUAUCUGCAUUCAUCUCAGUAUCCCUGUCAGCGCCCUGGAAUGCCGUUUAUCCAUCAUGAACAUGUUCACCAACCCUUUGCACAGUCUCAUCAGCCCCCACCUGAUGCAAGUUUUGGAUUGGCCCGGCCCCGGUGAGGGGCAUGGGCCAUGCCUGCACCCAGUCAGCCAGAGGUGCAAGAUGUAAGAUCUUGGGCUACUGAAGCUCCAAUUUUCUUUUAGCUGAUUGGAGUGCAGGCAUAUAGGCUGAGUUUGGUUGGAAUGGAUUUGCAUAUUUCCGAAAGAUCAUCCCACCAGCAUUGAUCUAUCCUUCCAAUCUCGGCUUUACAGGGAUGCUUCCUGCAUCUUCCACCAGUCCGUGAAUGUGUCUCUUGUAGACAAUUGAAUUUUUUGAGGAGAUUUUAGAGCGUCUACUGUUGAUCAUGAGGACUUCUUCACAGGAAACGGAGCCAAAAAAGUUUGUUCUUGACUUGGAUGAAGCUCCUUCAACAAGCUCUAGGGGUUUCAGUUAAAGAGAUCAGUACGUCAUUUGCCUUGAGGUGCAGCAACUUUUGAUGCUGAGAUUUAACUGAAUUUUCCAAGCUUUAGUCAUUAGUCGCUAUAAUUUACAAUAUCGUCUGGUGAAUUAUCCUUGACCUCAUGUAUAAUACAUGACUAACUUGUAUAUUUCACUCAGUUCUAACAUUUCUUUUUCUGGA